CGGUUCAAGUUUUCCUGGAAGUUGCGCAGUGACAGAAAAACAUGGGAAUUUGUGGCCAUUUGGCGGUGCCCGGGAAAUGCCUUGUUGUCCUCGGACUUAAAUUGUUAUUCCUUGUACCUGCAGGAGUUCCGGCCAGAAGCGGGGAUUCUGUAUUAAAGGACAACAUCACCGUCAGACAGGGGGACAGCGCCGUCUUAAAAUGCACCGUGGACAGCAAAGUAUCACGAGUGGCGUGGCUCAAUCGCACCACCAUUCUGUUUGCGGGAACUGAGAAGUGGUCUCUGGAUCCUCGUGUCAUCCUGAUGGAGAACACAGGCAUCACAGAGUACAGCAUCGAGAUCCAAAACGUUGACGUCCAUGACGAGGGGCCCUACGUCUGCUCCAUCCUCACAAACAAGAAACCAAAAUCCACAAAAGUGCAUCUCAUCGUUCAAGUGCCCGCCAGGAUCACUAACAUAUCAAAGGACAUCACAGUGAACGAGGGCAGCAACGUUGAUCUAAUGUGCCUGGCGGUCGGUCGACCUGAGGCCAACAUCAUAUGGAAGCAUCAUUCACCAAGAGGCACCCAUAAAUUUGUGACAGAGGGGGAACAUCUGGAACUGACAGCUGUCACCAAAGAGGAGUCAGGAUCAUAUGAAUGCAUUGCUUCUAAUGACAUCUCGAGCCCUGACAUCAGGACAGUGCAAGUCACCGUCAACUAUCCUCCCUUCAUUUCUAAGGCACGGAGUACAGGUACUCCAGUUGGACAGAAAGGAGUCCUGCAAUGCGAAGCCUCUGCUGUCCCGAGGGCAGAUUUUGAGUGGUACAAAGAAGACCGCAGGCUCUUCAACGGACUAAACGGAGUUAAGAUAGAGAAUCAAGGUAAACAGUCAAUGCUCGUCUUUUUCAACGUCUCAGAAGAGGACUAUGGAAACUACACUUGCGUUGCCAUGAACACCAUGGGAAUGACUAAUGCCAGCAUAAUCCUUUAUGGUCCUGGUGCGAUGCAUGAUGUGAAUGGGGCUGCGGUGUUACCCCGUUGCUCCGUAUGUCUCCUGCUGACUGUAACCUUACUCCACCUGCUGAAGUUCUGAUGUGAAAUGUGACAACCUCCAAGCUUCUCUCAGCAUUGAACAGCAAGAACAGACUAUUAGUCCUAUGGAAAUCCAAGAGCGCCAGUGGUUCACCUUUAGUUAUCUUUCGUUUUUCUUUCUGGCUUUGCAGCAGAGUCUGUUCUCUGUCGGCUCGCCAACAGUGAGAGGCAUCAAUCCAAGAAGGGGAAAAUUUGAAUCAUGCACUAAUUUGAUGAUGGUAGAACUACAGAGUUUGUGUCUCCCCAAAACCUUUUUGUAUGUGGAAAGGGAAAAAGAAAAAAAUACAUGUAACUGUUGAUAGUUGACUGUUUAUUGCCCAAUAUUGAAGUGUACAUUCAGAUUAUUAUUAUUGUGUCACGUCCUGUUCAAUAUCUGUACAAUACCAUUAAGCUUUUUUUAAGUAAACAACAAAAAAAGGGAAAAAAAAUGCAAUGUGAUUGUUGAAUUUUACUGUAUUUUUACAGUUGUAUGCAAAACAGAAUAACAGAUCAUUCAUGGUAAACAGUUCAGAAUAAUAAAUAGUACACCAUGAUUUCUCAGGCAAUGUCCUACAUCAUAGUGCAUCCAAUUUUUUUUUUUUUUCAUUUCUACUGUAGUGUGUGUAGAAAAUGUACAAAUGUGUACAGAAAAUUCCUGCAGUUGUUUUUCCAAAAUGCAUACACUUAUCAAAAUGGCAUUUCUGAAACACCUAGUCAUAGCAGCUUCAUGGCAUAUUCAUACUCAUAUCUGAAAUAAGAUUUUCAGACUCUAAACAUGUAUGUUAAGUAUCAUUUAGGACAGAGGUGUCGGUCAGUGUGCCACUUCAUUCUCUCCGGUAACCAAUUAAAUUAAAACUUGUUUAACAAAUAGUACUGAUGGUGUCAAUAACGGUCAUGUUAGUGAGUGGUCUAAUUAGCAACUUGGCACUGAACUGAUUUUCCCCUAAGUGCUGUUAAUUUAGAAAACUAAAUUUAAUUUGUAACUACAUAUUCCUCAAACACCUGAUGAUAUUUUGAGCUUUCACAGUCUUGCUUUAAAGUUGCAACUUGUGUAAUUUAACCUGAUGGUAAAUUAUCAAGUUAUCUCAAAAAUCAGCAAAAGUACAUUCAUAUUUAAUAUAUAGCCUUUACAGUGAGUUUCUCAGGCAGCCACAGUGGUCCUCAAGUUUUCUCGGUUGAGCAGUGGACUUUUAUGCAAUUGAGGCUUUUUGUUUGGAUUUGCGGAACCAAACAGGUGACAGCUUAUCACAAAUCAUGUUGGGGUUAAUCGUUUUUUUAUUUGAUUGUUUGUUUCUGUUGAUCUGCAAGUAAGAAAUAAAUGGUCCAGUACUUUAUGAUAAAUGGUUGUCUUGUUUAACAUAUGUCAUAGCAUUAAAAUCCAAAAUAUCUCUUAAUGUCCAUACAUAUACAUACACAUAUAAAGUAUCUACUACCAAUAAGUGAGAACUUGCAAUCUUAUUCACUAAAAUUUAGUCCAUUUGUUUUCAUUCAUAUCUAUAUUUUUUUUUUCAAAUUAUUUUUAUUUUUGCUUUAUUUUGCAUAAUAAAAGCAGACAUUAUAUUCAGUGUGAUAAAUUACAUAAAACUUUUGUUGAUUCUCGUCUGUAAAUUGAGUUUAGCAUAGCAAUGAAUUAAGACAGUACAAAAAUAGUGGUAUGUUCCUUUAAUUAGCUCCUACACAUAUUCAAUAUAUAAAUUAAUGGUCAUGUUUUAUAUUCAGACGUGCUCUGUCAGUCAACUACAAAAAAAGGGUGUUUUAUCAUGUUUAUCUCUGAGGUAUUAAAUUGUUUUAAUUUGAAUGUGAAGUGGUGGAGUAGCUGAAUAAACUGGUUUGAUUUAGAAUCACAUUUCUUCAAUUAAAAUACGUCUGUGGAGGCUGAGGUGUUUUUGACAAUUUCAUCUAAAAGAAAAAAAAAAAGAAAUAAAAUGAUGCACAGCUCCAGUCCACAUCCAAGCCACAGAUGACAAGCAGGAAAAUCUAAUGAAUGACAGGACAACUUGGAUGAAUGUUCCGUGCAGCUGCUAUGAAGCUUUUUCCAGGUGUUAUGAAUGUUGGUUUUUAACCUGGUUUGCCCCGAGAUAAACGGCAGCCGCUGUUCUCAAGACUUGCAGGAGUGACUGUUGUGUUCUGUGGUCGGUGGAUGCAUUUUCACGGGAUAUUUUUCAGUCUGCCUUGCGCAGAAAUUUCCAGUGAUGAGAAUAUUCUUGCAGCACAAGUGAUUGAUAAUGUGAUGUUCUGCUAUUGUCCAGUUCACUCCUGUGCAUACCUAUGAGUAAGAAGUGUGUUGAAGACAAAACAAAAAGGCUGAGAUUGAUGUAUGUGGGAAUGCUUUCGUUGUACUCACGUUCAGUUAUGUGCUUGUGAUGAUGGUGAACCAGUCAGCUGCGGACUAUGUCACAGGAUGUGAUUUCACUUCUUAGGGGUUUGCAAAACAACACAGACAGGUGAGAUUCAGAUGCCUGCAAAAACUAAAGUUAAUGUAACGCUUUUCAUCCCAGAUAGAUGAACGUGAUAAAUAUUGAUGUCAAUAAGCUUGAAUCAGUUUGUUUAAAAUCCCCAUUAAAACAGAACUGAUACUGGAAUUUAGUUAAGGCGUAUUUUUGCAUAUAACAACAACAUUGUCUGUUUAUGAUUUAAGGAUUUUAUAUUUAUGUGUUGCACAUUAUCCUAUAACGCCCUAAUGCAUAAUUCUCUGGGCAUUUUAAAGUUUGCAGUAUUUGCAAUUCGGUCGUCUUUGUUUAUCCUAAACAGUUAAGUUUAUACUGUAUGAUUCCACUGAUGGCUGCAUUGUUGACCUGUUUUAUAUGUUUUCUGACCUUACUGGAGGUUCAACAUACAGUAGUCACAAUUGCGGUAUAUAGUCAAUGUAUCAUUUGAUUGCGAGAUUGCCAAAUUGUCCAUAAA